GGGGCAAGGAUGAGGUGCGUGUGUGUGGGGGAACUGUCUUUGCUCGUGGGCCCUCCCCUCCCCUUCUCCCCCCCGCCUUUUUUAAGAGUGUAACUUCCUCGGGGGCAGGGGGCUGUCUCCUCUUGCGUGUGCAAGCUUGUAAGGCGCACACCCUACCCUUGCUGUGCAGACAAUAAAGGCUGUCGCUUCAUUAAAUUGUUGGCAGUGGGAAUAGAUUAACAGUGUAUUUGACAGGCUAAGCUUGUACCAUGAGGGAAAUUCUCCCAAAGGUAGGUUGGGUGAGGAAGCAUGUGUUUUAAGGGUUUGGCCACAAUUAUUAUUAUUAUUUGUGCUGGCUGAAGACACAUCUAUUCGUGCAAAAUUGGGUUGCCCGCUUCCCACUAACCAGCCAUGCAACUCCCAAAAGCUGCUCCUAUGAGAGUCAGGUGACCUUCCAAAAAUAAUAUACGGUAGAUGAAGGGUUAUUGUUGUUAUUAUUUAUAGCCUGCCUUUUCCUAGACCAGGGCUCAAGUUUGUUUAUACAAAUUAAAGCAGGGCAGGUGGAGUACGGAAAGCUAAAAAUACAUACAAGGUAACGGUUCAAAAGUGAUUAAACUAUAGGAGAAUUAAAACACUAUAAACAUUAAAAUGCACGUGAAAGUUGGUCUCUAAGGUGCUACUGGACAAUUUUUUAUUUUUUAUAUAUUAAAAUGCAGAUUAUCAAAACAGUACUACUAAAAGCCCUUUUCUUUAAAACAGAAAAGGGUAAUUUUUUCAUCAGAACAUUUUGGAAUGUUCUGAAGAGUGAUCUAAUUUAGCAUGUCUGUUUUAUUUGUAUUAAAUAAACAAAGAUCCAUUCAUUGUUACUAAUCAACUUUAGAAGUGGAAAGCAUUAAUUGGAGAAAUACAGCUCUGAAAAAUUUCCCACCCCAAAUGGUAUGACGUUUAGAGUGUUGGACUAGGACAUGGGAGCCUACAGUUAGAAUCUCCACUUGGCCAUGCAGUUCAUUGAGUGACAUUGGGCCUGUUACUGUAUCUCAGCCUAACCUACCUCACAGGGAUUUUGUGAGCAUAAAAUGUUAAGGGGGAGAACCAUGCACACAAUCUCGAGCUCAUUGAUGGAAAAGGUGGUACAUAAAUGUAAUAAAUUACCAGAAAUUUGCCAUGUACAGUUCUUAUAAGUACUGUAUUUGUGCUAAACAUAACUCUUAAAAUCUGUUCCUUAGUAACUUGGCAGCAUAUAAUAUUAGAAGAUUGCAAUGCUUAAAAUUGGUUACAGAUCUAGAUUUUGGAGAUGCAUUACUUUUGCUUUUUGGUAUUUUAUUUUUGUAUUUUAUUGUGGGGUCUUACUUGGUUGUUUAAUUUGAUUAUACUGUAUGUUGCUCAUCGUAAUCUUCUGUUAAUUUGUGUGCCGCUUUCCUGAUGAAAUUAUUCCCAAAAUAUGCAGACUGGUCAAACUAGCCAUACUUUGCUUUUUGACAGCAAACCACAAUGUGAAACCAAGAUUUGUUGGUGGUUUAUGAACUGUGGCUUGUUUCAACCAUCAUUUGGUGUCAUGUGUGAACCAAACAGCCUUAUUGAAUCUUGGUUUGUUCCGUCACUGCAUCUCAGAUGCUUACCAAGCUGCACGAGGACCAAUAUAUUUCAGAUGGCAGCUAUAUGUCUGCUUCCAUCCUCUGUAACUGAUGUUCCAAGUCCCUAGCUGGAGAAGCUUUGUGUUCUUCAAAUAAAAGGGUUUCAUUAGGGCAUGAACAAUGGAUUCUUUGGAUCACAUGCUCACCGACCCAUUAGAGUUGGGGCCACCUGGAGAAGGAAAUGGCACACAGAUUAUGGAGGAUUGCAUGCUGGGAUCCAUUCGAAUUAGCUUGCCAGAAGAUCUCUUGGAAGAUCCUGAAAUCUUUUUUGAAGUUGUCAGUCUUUCAACAUGGCAGGAGGUGCUGACGGACUCGCAACGAGAACACCUGAAAAAGUUUUUGCCUCACUUCCCAGAAAGCAACACUGAACAUCAAAAUAAUCUUAUCCUGUCCCUGUUCAGUGGAGAGAACUUUCGGUUUGGAAACCCCCUGCACAUUGCACAGAAACUCUUCCGCGAUGGACACUUCAAUCCUGAAGUGGUGAAGUAUCGACAGCUUUGCUUCAAGUCUCAGUACAAGCGCUACCUCAGUUCCCAGCAACAGUACUUCUACCGGUUGCUGAAACAGAUCCUUUCCUCCCGGAAUCAUCUGUUGGAGCUUGCCAGGAAAGGUGGUCCAGAUCUGGUCCUGAAGAGGAAAUACUCAGCAGCUGCUUGUGCUGCUGAGGAACGGGACCGGAGAACACAUCGACGGUUCCUGAAAAUCCUCAAGGAAGUGAAAGAGGAAUGUGGAGACACCACCUUAUCCUCAGAUGAAGAAGAUCUGAGCUCCUGGAUUCCAAAUUCUCCAGCCCAUUGCCCAAGCCCCACUGUUCCUCUCAGAGUAAUCCCCACAUUAUCAACCCAAGACAUGAAAACAGCAGAUAAACUGGAAUUUGGUGAGAAUGACCUGAAGAUGAUACUGAAAAAACAUCAUGAAAAACGCAAGCGCCAACCUAGCCAUCCUGACCUCAUGACUGGGGAUCUGACUCUGAAUGAUAUCAUGACGCGUGUGAAUGCUGGUAGGAAGGGAUCCUUGGCAGCUUUGUUUGACCUUGCUGUCCUCAAAAAGAAAGUGAAGGAAAAGGAAGAGAAGAAGAAGAAGAAGCUAAAAGUGAUUAAAUCAGAAGCAGAGGAUUUCUCCGAGUCCCUUGGCAACACUGAAGGGAUGCCUUCAAUGUCUCAGAAUCCAUCCCCCAUCCCGCCUAUCUGGGAUCCCCCAUCUCUCUCAUCUGUUAAAGAAGAGCCUCUUGAAGAUAUCAAGCCGUGUCUUGGAGUAAAUGAAAUCUCCUUCAGCUUCUUUUCUCUGCUUCUGGAGAUUCUGCUUCUAGAAGGCCCUGCUAGUCUCUCAGUGCUUGAGGAUAAAGUCAUGGAUUGGCAGUCUUCCCCUGCCAGCACAUUAAACAGUUGGUUCUCCUUCGCCCCCAACUGGUCAGAACUCGUUUUGCCUGCACUGCAGUAUCUCACAGGUGACAGCAGAGAUGCUCCUUCCAGUUUUUCUCCAUUUGUUGAAUUCAAAGAGAAAACUCAGCAGUGGAAGCUGAUAGGCUCUUCACAAGACCAUGAGAAGGAGCUGGCAGCGCUCUUCCAGCUCUGGCUGGAGACAAAAGACCAAAUCUUCUUCAAGGACAACGAAGACAGCUCAGAUGCCACCACGCCUAAUCCCCGAGUAAGGACUGACUAUGUAGUCCGGCCUAGCACUGGGGAAGAGAAACGUGUUUUCCAGGAACAGGAACGUUACAGGUACAGCCAGCCCCACAAGGCCUUCACCUUCCGCAUGCAUGGCUUUGAGUCGGUGGUCGGCCCUGUGAAGGGUGUGUUUGACAAGGAAACUUCUCUGAACAAAGCCCGAGAACAUUCUCUGUUGCGAUCAGACAGGCCUGCAUAUGUCACAAUCUUGUCUCUUGUUAGGGAUGCUGCUGCCCGUCUUCCUAAUGGAGAGGGAACUCGUGCUGAGAUUUGUGAGCUGCUUAAAGACUCUCAGUUCCUCGCUCCUGAUGUCACCAGUGCUCAGGUUAACACUGUGGUGAGUGGUGCACUGGAUCGAUUGCAUUAUGAGAAGGAUCCCUGUGUGAAAUAUGAUAUUGGACGUAAGCUAUGGAUAUACCUACAUCGAGACAGGAGUGAAGAGGAGUUUGAGCUGAUUCAUCAGGCUCAGGCGGCUGCAGCUAAAGCUAGAAAAGCCCUUCAGCAGAAGUCUAAACCUCCUGCAAAGAUAAAGUCCAGUAGCAAGGAGAGUUCAGUGAAAGUGGCUACUAGUGGCACCUCUGAGCCUAGCCAGCUGAGCCUUAGUGAUUCCAGCAUGCCACCAACCCCUGUGACUCCAGUGACACCCACUGCCCCUCCGCUGCCAGCAAUGCCCAUUUCACCACCACCAGUCUCUGUGGUUAACAAGAGUUUGCCAAAUGUUGCAUCAGAGCAAGCUAAACCCAACCAAAGCAUCCUUCUGGUGUCGUCUCCCACCAUGCCACAGCUGGGGACUUUGCUCUCCACAGCACAAAGUACCCAAUCACAAACUGGGCCUCAGCAAACCCCCCCUCCUCGGGUGGCCAGCCACACAUCUUCCUCAGGACUCCCACAGGUUCGAGUGGUUACAACACAGUCCAGCCUCCCACCUGUGUCUCAGCCAGCCCCACCAGUGAUCCAGCAGCAGCAACAGCCCCCACCAGCACCUGUUCCUCAGGUCCAUGCCCCUUCCACUUCUGCACAAACCAAAGCACUGCCUCAGGCUGUCAACACUGUCACGGUGAAAGCUCAGACCAGCCCAGUCCAGGUGCAAAGGCCAACAGUUUCUGUCACAGGACCAGUCAGUGUUGCUGGGACAGGGAUCUCUGCAGCCCUCAGCCCUGCCCCAAAGCCAGUGACCAGUUCUCCAGGCAGCUCUGCCCCCAACUCCUCCUCUGUGUCUCUGUCGUCAUCAUCCUCCUCCUCCUCGACUUCUUCCUCUUCAUCCACCACAGUCCUCCAGAACGUAGCUGGCCAAAAUAUCAUCAAACAGGUGGCUAUUACCGGACAGCUAGGGAUGAAAAGCCAGCCUGGGAGCAGCAUCCCGCUUACCGCCUCCAACUUCCGCAUCCAAGGCAAGGACGUUCUGCGCCUGCCUCCCUCCUCCAUCACCACUGAUGCAAAGGGACAGACAGUUCUCCGCAUUACUCCUGACAUGAUGGCCACCUUGGCCAAGUCCCAAGUCACCACCGUCAAACUGACACAAGACCUCUUCACUGCUGCAGCCACUGGAAACACUUCUGCCGGCAAGGGCAUCUCGGCCACUCUGCGUGUGACUUCCAGCCCCAUCCAGUCUUCUGACUCUCCCGCCAAGACCAGCACACCCACCUCUGCCUCACCGGGCCCAGCUGGGCCCACAGUGGUCAAAGUGACUCCUGACUUGAAGACUGUGGAGUCCACUGGCUCUGCGUUCCGGCUGAUGCCGGCUCUGGGCAUGACUGUAGCAGACCAGAAGGGCAAGGCCAUCACUACAGUGGCAUCCACCGAAGCCAAGCCAGCUGCCACGAUAAGGAUUGUGCAGGGGAUGGGGGUGAUGCCACCAAAAGCUGGGCAGACCAUUACAGUGGCCACUCAUGCCAAGCAGAUGACUGCUGCCUCGUCUGUGAGCGUCCCUGGCACAGUCCACACCUCCGCUGUUUCUCUGCCAACCAUGACUGCUUCUGUGUCCAAAGCGGUUGCUGUUGUGUCAGGGGGGGCAGGGACACCCAUAACAAUAGGAACAGGGACCACUAUGCGACAGGUUCCAGUGAGCACCACAGUCGUCUCCACCUCCCAGGCAGGGAAGCUGCCUGCCCGUAUCACAGUGCCCCUCUCCGUCAUAAGCCAGCCUGUGAAAGGCAAGAGUGUAAUGACGACCCCCAUUAUCAAAGGCAACCUUGGGGCCAAUAUCAGCGGACUGGGUAGAAACAUUAUUCUCACCACCAUGCCAGCUGGGACGAAACUGAUCGCUGGGAACAAGCCAGUGAGCUUCCUGACCGCACAGCAGCUACAACAGCUGCAGCAACAAGGCCAGGCCACACAGGUGCGAAUUCAGACACUCCCAGCCUCCCAUCUCCAGCAGGGAACGGUGUCUGGCUCUACAAAAGCAGUCUCCACUGUUGUCGUGACAGCAGCGCCAUCUCCAAAACAGCCACCAGAUCAGUAAAUUCAACGGCAAGCUGUAAUUUUGCAAGAGUUACUCCAGCCCUCUUAUUCCAUUUCUGCCCAACUAGGGCUUGCUAGAGUCAGACUCUACUUACCCGCAAGUUGGUUCCUGAUCUUUUGGAAGCACUUGUGGGAAAUGCCCGUCGUUUGGUUUCUGUUAGAAUAAGCAGAAACCCUAACACAAGCGUCCUGGAGUGCUGCAUUUUAAUAACCUUAACACCUUCAUGUUAAGUUGCUGGACCCAGCCAUCCGCUCAGAAAGUCUGGUCUCUUCUUUUUUUAAAUUUUCAACCUAACAGAAUACAAGUUUCAAAGAAACCUGCUGAAUUAAGGCAAGAAGGUCUUAGAAGAAAUGGACAAGUUAUAUUGCACCGGACUUCAGUUUUAUCAUUUCCAGGGUGGUUCUUAUGGACGUUCUGAUGCUGGAUUUUAAAUAUUUGGUGCCUAAGCUUUCACCUGUUUAUUUGAUAAUUUUAUUCAGUUUUUUUUAAAAAAACUAAGUUUCUUGGCAACUUUCCUUCCCUCUCUGUGCAUAAACUUCACCUAUACUGCUUUAUCCUCAUCAAACUAAGUGUUUAUAUAAGGUGGUAUAAAAUUGACCUUAUGUGAAAUGCUCACCAUAGUUGAAGAAAGCCUAGAGAGAAAGAGAAGAGGGUAUUCUAAGCUGGUUGUGAAAAAGAGCCAAAAGCAAACCCUUCCCCACGAAAAGCUUAACACCUUGGACUUUAUGUGACGGGGUAGUCACCUUUUGGAAUGAAAAGCUAAAGAAAGCUUGACACUGUGUACCAAGCUAUCUUCAUAUAAAUUCAUUUUACUGAUGUUGAUUAUCACUAUUGACUUUCCUAUUCUUAACUGAAUCUCUUAUCAAAAUGCAUUUUAUCCAAUUAAGAACAUUUACACACUAACGGGGGGGGGGGGGGGGAGGAAUUAUUGUUCGACACAGCCACACAUGCACAUACUUUUUUAUAUGCUAUCUCUGCCACAGCUGCAGCAUUGGAAUAAUAAACAGAUUGUCAGUUUCCGUUUUCCCCUUUUUAAAAGUGAGCAAAUUGUGCUUAUUAGAACAAAGUAGAGGCAAGAUUCCAGGGCUGCUAUUCAUGCACAAAAUGACCGUUUUGAGACAACUGGGGCAAAAUACAGAAUAAUAUUAAAGGAGUUUAAACCCGUUA